AUGUCAGGAUCAGCAGCCAUGGAUAUGCCUGAGUGGAUCAAGGCCCUCUUUGCCAAAAUCAAGAACGACCGAAUCCUGCUCUACACCACCAUUGGCCUGUCUGCCACAGCAAUAACCGUUGGAUCAGUCAGCGGUCUCGUAUACUUAAUGACCCGCUCAAAGCACGCCAAAAUCCCAGGUCCAGUCUCCCAUCCCAUCCACGGAAACAUGGACAUCAAACCGUACGAACCAACUCGUGCCGCCCAUGAAUUCUUCACGGCCAUGUUUAAACGAUACGGAUCCCCCAUCAUCCGUAUCCAAAACGGACUACUCGCCAAUGACUUUGAGUCGCUCUGGAUUUCAGACGCUACCGAGGCUCGUCGUGUACUAACAUCAAAAAAACAAUUCAUUAAAGCCGACUUCUUUUUACGCUCCUCUGGAAUCGAACAUGGACUUGUAUCAUUGAGCGGUGCUGAACACGAUCGUCAUCGCAACUUGCUCAAACCCGCAUUGUCGACUCCACAUUUGACUCAGAUAUGUAUUGCGGCUGCUGAUUUGACGAAUGAUUUGGUCCAGAUUUGGAUGGAGAAAUGUGAGCAAGGGCCUGUGGAUGUUGCUCCUGCAUUCAUGUCUAUGGCUACGGAUGUGCUUGGUCGUGUUUUCUUUGGAUAUGAGUUUGAGAAUGUCGCUUCGUUGGGUGAUGGUGUUAAACAUGAAUCGACGAGAGCGUUUAUUGCUGCUGCGGAUCAUUGGAAUGGGCUUGCUGGACUCCGAGCCAUGAAAUCUCGAUGGAUGUACUCGUACUACAAGUGUACCGACAAAGAUGUGCAGUAUGCUUUGGCUCCAAUCUAUGCGCUCUUCAAGAGCCUCAUGGACGACAAACGUAAAGCUAAAGCAAGUGGAUGUCCUGAAAAGCCAGAACAAGAAAAGGACUUGUUGGAGCGCUUGUUGAGUAAGGAUCAAGAAGGUCAAGAGAAAUUCAGUGAUAUUGAAAUCAUGGAAGAAAUGAUCUCAUUCUACAUUGCUGGACGUGAAACAUCUGGAGCUACCAUGACUUGGCUAUUCUAUGAACUCGCUCACAACCCCGAAUUGAUUCCCAAGGCUCAGCAAGAAAUCGACGAGAUCUUUGCUCAAGAUGGUGCUAUUACUUACGAGACUAUUCCAAAGUUUAAGUACCUGCAAAGAAUUUUGAAAGAGACUCUCCGUCUCCACACUCCCCUCCCUCAAUCCCAAAGUCGCAAAGCACUGGAAGACACCGAAGUCGCUGGCCAGAAAGUCCAUGCCGGUACCCGUGUCAUGGUCUAUCUCCGUGCCAUGCACUUGAACGAGCAGUACUGGCCUGAGCCAUACAAGUUUGAUCCUGAACGAUUCAAUCAAAAGCCAGAUGAUAAUACGUACAUGCCGUUUGGUGCUGGUGUUUAUAUGUGCAUUGGUCAAAAAGUCGCUGAAACUGAAAUCCUUACCGUGGUGGCCAUCAUUCUCCGCCACUUUGAUAUCGAGUUGGUUCCUGAUCAAAAGUUCCAGACUGUGCAGGUUAUUACUGUUCGACUCCGUGGUGGAUUGAUGCUGAAGUUGACGCCAAGAAAGAACAAAAGGCCUGUUAGAGAGUAG